AUGGUAUAUGAUACCGACUCUGUAGAUUCAGAACCAGAUGAUGACAAAGACGUAGUGUCUGUCGUUUCUUCCUCCUCAUCAUCGAGAAAAACAAAUACACCAAAAAAGAAAGAAGAUAAAUCAUCCUUCUUUACAUUCUCGGAUGGUGAAAAAGACAAGAGCUCUACGGUUAUUGUAACACCUGAAAAGCCAUUGGUCAAGAAUGACAUGUCUGCGAAAUCAGUAUACUCAUUUUUCGAUACCAAACCACCAAUGCAUUGCAAUCUUAAUGGAGGGAGCAGUCACAACCCCUCCUCCUCCUCCUCCUCAUCCUCCUCCACCAAAGAUUCUGCCAUUCAUAUCAAAGUGCCAGAUGUUGUCAAAGAUCAUCAGAUGCAGCGGUCGUUGUCAGGAAACAAAAACUAUAACUUUGAAAAGGCUCAAUCAAAAUAUAACUCUAUAAUAUUACCAAAAAAAUCCAACAACUCUUCCUCCUCAUCUUCAUCCUCCUCCUCCUCCUCCUCUAAACAAACAUCAAUGGAUUUGACAACUGAAGAAGAAGUAGAGGAAACAGAGGAAUCGAUUCAGCAAUCUUUAACCUCAAUGUUGGGAAACAAUCGUAGUUUGAUGACAUCGACUGUUGACAAGAUACCCUUUAGAAACUUUAAAUUGUAUUCAAAUAGUGAUGGAACAGCCUAUUCAGGAGAGGUAUUCGCAUUCAACGUGUUCAAGCUAUUGAAAAGUUGGGUGAAGCCUUUAACAACUCUCCUUGCUUUCCAAACCGAUCCACAUUUCGUCGCGACAUGA